CAGGCAAGCACAAAGCGGGCAAGCACAAGAUUGGCAAGCACAAGGUGGGCAAGAACAAGGUGGGCAAGCACAAGGCAGGCAAGCACAUGGUGGGCAAGCACAAAGCGGACAAGCACAAGGUGGGCAAGCAAAUGGCAGGCAAGCACAAGGUGAGCAAGCGAAUGGCGGGCAAGCACAAG